AUGGUUGAUUUUGCAAAACCGGUUAUCAAGCGGAAACCGAAGAAAAUUAUCCUACAUGUCGUCACCAACAAUUUGAAGAUGGAUCAACCAAAGAAAAUAAAAAACAAAGUGGCUGGUUUAGUGGAUAGUAUCAAAGCGGAACAUCCAUCCAUCGACGUCGCGGUUUCUUCAAUCAUCUUCAGGUCUGAUGUUAAUUCCAAGAUUGAUGAGGUAAAUCGCCGGCUCUCUUCUUUUUGUCAGAGUAAGAACUGGGUUUUUAUUGAUAACAGUAACAUCAAAGAAGACUCUCUUAAUAGAAGUGGAUUGCAUUUAAAUCGGAAAGGUGUUUACCGCCUUGCGUCUAAUUUUAGGGAAUAUAUUAAUGGAGAUUGA